CUUCCGUUUUUAAAUGUAACAUUUUUGGGUAUAAAUACUGUCGGACCUGCAAAUUAUGCAGGCUUUGUAAGGCUUUAUCAAGGAAAAGCAGCAUCAGAUUACUAAGUCCGACAUUAGUUGAUAAACGAACAACUGUGGUCCGAGCAGCAGGGACCCAGACUACCGGUUGAACUGUUUAAACUAAUGCGGAAGUAAAAAAAUAAACGCGCGGCCCCAACUAGGCAUAGGUAAACUUUGUGGUAACCACGGCUGUGAUUCAUGUGUGUGAUAUACAUGGUUGAGUGGUCAAUACCGGGUAAAUCAUACGAGCAUUACCUGUAUCUCUGUAACGACGACACAACACUAUACAGUCUACAGCGAAAGUGAUGAGCUGCCAGUAACAGGUAACUAAAUGCAAUUCAAGGAACCUGCAGUAAACUAGGAUAACCAGUGUCAAGGUCAGGAGAUCUAAAGGGUAUGGGUCGUGGAGGGAAGCGGGGAGAACUGAGUUGGAGUGAGGUUCGGGAACACAACAAACGCAAUGAUAAAUGGCUGGUGAUUGAGGGACAGGUGUAUAACAUAACUAACUGGGCAGGCCGCCACCCUGGAGGCUCCCGAGUGAUCAGUCACUAUGCAGGACAGGACGCCACGGAGGCCUUUAGGGCAUUUCACAAUGAUCUUACUACAGUCAAGAAGUUCCUCAGCCCAAUUCAUGUAGGACCCUUGGAGGACCAUCAGAAAUGUAGUCUGGAUGAGGACUUCCAGGUGUUACGGCAGACGGCAGAAAAGAAGGGACUCUUCAAGCCAAGUUACAUAUUCUUCCUGAUGGUCAUAGCCCAUGUCCUAGUGCUUGAUGCCUUGGCCUACCUGGUGAUGGCCUACUUUGGCACUGGUUGGGUGCCCUACCUUGUUUCCCUAAUGUGUGCGGCCACAGUACAGGCACAGACUGGAUGGAUACAACAUGACUUUGGCCACCUCUCAGUACUAAAGAAUUCCACUCUAGAUCAUAUUGUUCAGUAUUUCCUCAUGGGCAUGGUCAAGGGUGCAUCACCACAUUGGUGGAAUCACUUGCAUUUCCAGCAUCAUGCCAAGCCAAACGUGAUAGAUAAGGACCCUGAUGUAGCAAUGGAUAAAUUGUUUGUAGUUGGAGAAGUGAUGCCAGUACAGGUUGCAAAAACAAGGAGUAAAUCCAUGCCAUUCAACCUGCAGCAUAAAUAUUUUUUUAUAAUUGGCCCCCCUCUACUGUUUCCAGUAUACUUCCAAUUUAUGUUGUUCCGACAUAUCUACACCCGCAGACUGUCUAUAGACCUGCUGGUGGUGAUGAUUUUCUUCUUCAAGUUUUUCUACUUGUUCACACCAAUGCUUGGACUAGGGGGAGCUAUUGUGUUCUACUUUAUAGUUAGGUGUUUAGAAAGUCACUGGUUUACCUGGGUAACACAGUCAAACCACAUCCCUAUGAACAUCGACAAUGACCAGGCCCUACACUGGAUGAAGCUUCAGAUGAAUGCUACCUGUGACAUUGAGAAAUCCUUCUUCAACGAUUGGUUCACAGGCCACCUCAACUUCCAAAUAGAACACCACCUGUUUCCAACCAUGCCCCGUCACAACCUGUACAAAGUUGCUCCCCUUGUCCAGUCUUUGUGUAAAAAACAUGACAUUAAGUAUGAGAUUAAACCGCUGUGGACCGCCUUCAAGGACAUCGUCAGAUGUCUGAAGCACUCAGGUGAGCUAUGGGAAGGGACAUACAAUGCAUAUCAUUCCUAAGAAAUCAAAAAUUAUCAGCUCAGUCCAAGAUUUCAUCUCAUGGUCAAUGAUUCGAAGAUUAUGGAAAGCCAAUUUAGUUUUAAUCCAAGAUGGCUGGAUGAUGAUGAGACAGUUCCAGGAUCGCAGAACUACCCUAAACAUGAUUAAAAAUUAUAUGAUAAACGUUUGUUUGCAUGUACAAGUAUACACUAAACAUGAAUAAAAUAUGAUCAGAUGUUGGUUUAUAUGUACGAGAUGGUACAUGAUUAUUGUGAUAUUGAUGUUGUAUUGGAAUCAACUAUAUUAAUGCAUAAUUGUUACAAUGAUCUUACAGUAAAAGAUUAUUAGUUAUGACCAGGUUGCCAUUAUGAUUUAUAAAUAUUUAAAUAAUGGAAUUUUACAAAGCACAUGGACCAAUUUAUCCACUGAACCAGUGAAGAGAUAUAUUAUUUUCUGCAAUGUUUCAUUAAUGUGUUAUUAGCUCACCUGCCCGAAGGGAAAGUAAGCUUAUGCCAUGGCGCAGCGUCCGGCGUCAAUAUUUUACU